CAAGUUUGAAAUGUCACCCGAUCAAUCCUCAUCAUAUACACGGCGUAGAUCAGUUUCAAGUCUCAGGAAUACCUGAUAUAAGACGAGACUCCGGCCAAUUCACCGGCGACAAUCAACAGAAAAUGUCGAGAUCGCGGAUAUUCUCAGCAUUAGCAAUCGUAGCUCUGUUUUUUUCAUCGGCCUACGCCGACGACGUCGUCAUUUUGACCGAAGACAACUUCGAGAAGGAGGUCGGCCAGGAUCGCGCAGCUUUCGUCGAGUUCUAUGCACCUUGGUGUGGACACUGUAAAAAGCUAGCUCCUGAAUACGAAAAGCUUGGUGCAAGUUUCAAGAAAUCGAAGUCCGCUUUAAUUGCAAAGGUGGACUGUGAUGAACACAAAACUCUUUGUAGCAAAUAUGGUGUGUCUGGAUACCCAACAAUUCAGUGGUUCCCCAAGGGGUCUCUCGAGCCAAAGAAGUAUGAAGGUUCACGAACGAUAGAGGCACUUGUAGAGUUUGUUAACAGUGAAGCAGGAACAAAUGUUAAGAUUGCUGCAACCCCGUCAAAUGUUGUAGUGUUAACUGCUGAAAACUUCGACGAGAUUGUCCUGAAUGAGAAAAACAAUGUUUUGGUAGAGUUUUAUGCACCAUGGUGGUGGACAUUGCAAACAGCUUGCUCCAACUUACGAAAAGGUUGCAACGGCUUUUAAACUGGAUGAAGACGUGGUCAUUGCUAAUCUCGAUGCUGACAAGUUCAAGGAUCUUGCAGAGAAGUAUGGUGUAAGUGGUUUCCCCACAUUAAAAUUCUUCCCAAAGUCAAACAAAGCCGGUGAAGAUUAUGAAGCAGGGCGAGACUUGGAUGACUUUGUAAACUUCAUUAAUGAGAAGUGUGGCACUAACCGUGAUGCCAAAGGGCAACUUACUUCUAAGGCUGGAGUUGUUGACGACCUGGUUAACCUGGUCAAGGAGUUUGUGAGUGCUGAUGAUGCAGAGAAGAAGGCUGUACUCGGUAAACUGGAGGAAGAAAUUGAGAAGCUGUCAGGUCCUUCUAGAAGAUAUGGCAGUAUCUAUGCAAAAGCUGCCAAGAGUUGCAUGGAUAAAGGAGUUGACUAUGCCAAGAAUGAAAUUCAGCGGUUAGAACGCAUACUUGCCAAGUCAAUUAGUCCUGCGAAGGCUGAUGAGUUCACUCUAAAAAAGAACAUCCUUUCUGCCUUUGUUUGAAAAUGCCAAGGGAGUUUCCUCUGGUUACCCACGCUGGACACCUGCGGUUUUGAUUGCUGGAACGUCCUCCCAAAUUUCAGGAAUAUAAUGUCCCGCUCUCUCCUGCCCUCCCUUUUGUUUUCCUUUUCCUUGAUGUAUGAGGCCAAUUUUUAUAUUUGACCUUCUCUUGACGGUCUAAACAUAGGAGUAGACUGUUCCAGUUACGUGCUAUAAUGGUAUGGUUUUCACGCUUAAUUAUCAUUAAUUAUAUCAAUUUCUCUGAAUCCGUGUGAUGAGACAACCUAUGAUGCAAGGACACGUGUCACAUCAGACGUUUUACGUGUCAUAUCGGUGUCCAACAUGACACUUCAAUGCUAAAUAUGUUGAGAAUGUAAAAAAGGAUGACAUCUCAUCCUUGUUCCGGUUGAGAGGAUGUAAAUUUGACUAUAAUUCCAAUGUGACAGAUAGAAAGUGGGGCUCUGUCCCCGGCACUUGCAGAAGUCCUAUGCAUUUUUAGCAUAGUAACCACUUAUCGCAGUUGUUGGGAUUCGAAUCCGGUAUCUAACCCUUGUGGCAUUCCCUUGCUACCAUUUGAGCUACGCCCACCGGUACGAAAAUGUAAAAAAUGUAGGGAAGAUGAUCUGGAAUCUUGAUAGCAUGAAAG